UGCUAUCCGUGGACGGGCGGCUCAUUGUCAGGAGAGUUGCAGUGCGAGCAGGAGGGAGAGAAACGCAGGUACAGGUACAACGGCAUCAGCUGCAGCAGCACUUCAGCCAACAGCAUCACAGAAAACACACUCUGCUACACUCAACUGCAAGAAGAUGGAAACAGACGGAGUGAAUUUCUCACCAGCAAGAAGCCCUCCUCUCAGAGAUCAGCUAAGACAAGCAUCUCAGCACAGUUUCUAUCUAAGCCCACCUCCACUCUACAUUAAGCCCCCAAAAUUCUCCCCUCCUCGAUACCCCAGCAUAUCACCCAGCAGAGACACCUACAGUGCGUUCAGCCCCCCUGCUUUCUUUCCCAUGCUCAGCCCCGGUUAUGCUCAAAAGGAAGGAUCCCAAAAACGCAAAAGAACUCCUUUCAAAAUGGACGCCCAGGGAGGUGAAUCUCCUGAUGGGGGAGCAGAGGAGGCAGAUGAGAGCAGCAGUAAGAAGACGGUGCACCUCUCCCACAUCCCCUUUUCCCUCCCACCUCGCCCCAUUCCCUCCCCGUCUCCUAAACCCAUCCCUGGUAUGAUUGAGCUGAACAGACUGCAGCUUCACCCCAGAUCACCAGGUAUGAAUCUACCUGUGCAGGUGAAGCAGGAGCCUCUCAGUCCUUCCCCAGUUUGGCCUCCCUCUCCUCUCCUCCUCCACCCUCCUUACUUCCCACCUCUGCACCACAGCCUCCUCCCAUACCCCUUCUUCAUGCCUGGCCCCGUCAUGCACCUCUCCCCUGGUUCUUUCUACCCAAGAGAGGAGCUUCGCCCUGCUCAUCGCAGCCGUGAGGGACCUCCUCGCAGUGGGACGACAAGCGCUGAGAAACUAGGUCUAAACAUCCAUGUGGAUGACAGUUAUUAUGUAGACGUAGGUGGAGACCAGAAAAGGUGGAAGUGUCGUAUGUGUGAGAAGUCCUACACCUCCAAGUAUAACCUGGUCACGCACAUCCUGGGGCACAACGGCAUCAAGCCGCAUGGAUGCCACCUGUGUGGGAAGCUGUUCAAGCAGCUGAGCCACCUGCACACACACCUGCUCACCCACCAGGGCAUGAGGCCACACAAGUGCCAAGUGUGCCACAAGGCCUUCACUCAGACCAGCCACCUGAAGAGGCACAUGAUGCAGCACAGUGACGUUAAGCCAUACAGCUGCAGUGUGUGUGGCAGAGGUUUUGCUUACCCCAGUGAGCUUCGUGCCCAUGAGCUGAAGCAUGAGAAAGGACAGGAGAACGUAUGUGUGGAGUGUGGUCUAGAUUUCCCCACGCUGGCACAGCUGAAGAGGCACCUGACCGCCCACCGUGGCCCCACCCUAUACAGGUGCGCAGAGUGCCAGAAGACUUUCCAGUAUCCGAGCCAGCUUCAGAACCACAUGAUGAAACACAAAGACAUCAGACCGUACAUCUGCAGCGAGUGUGGGAUGGAGUUCAUCCAGUCGCACCAUCUGAAACAGCACACGCUCACCCAUAAAGGGGUGAAGGAGCACAAGUGUCGCAUCUGUGGUCGUGAGUUCACCCUGUUGGCCAACAUGAAGCGCCACGUCCUCAUCCACACCAACAUACGGGCCUACCAGUGCCACAUGUGCUUCAAGAGUUUCGUCCAAAAACAGACUCUCAAGGCUCACAUGAUCGUCCACUCGGACAUCAAGCCCUAUAAAUGCAAGCUUUGUGGGAAGGAGUUCAACAGGAUGCACAACCUCAUGGGCCACAUGCAUCUCCACUCAGACAGCAAACCCUUCAAAUGCCUUUACUGCCCAAGCAAGUUCACGCUGAAGGGGAACCUCACCAGACACAUGAAGGUCAAACAUGGCGUCAUGGACAGAGGGCUGGAUGAAAGAUUGUUUAGGCAAAGAGGGCGAUUCUGCCUGUCCACUCCCAUGGGCCUCCUCACCCGCUUCAGCCAGGAGGAGCCAUUUGACCUCUCCCAGAAGCCCCCAGGCCUGCCUAGCCUCCGCCUCUCCCAGUCUGAUGGUGAGAGCGUCCCUGGAAGCUCGUGUCAGGAGGAGGAUGAGGAGAGUUUGUACAGAAGGAGCCAGUACAGCCCUGAGGUGGACCAACAUGAGCCGGCAGGCGAGGACCAGUACAUCCCUGAGCUGGAGGAGAGACAGCAGGGGUCUCCAGCUGAUCACAAGACAGGGGAGAAGCAGAAAGAAAUGUAUCAGCAUAGCUUAGAUGAACAGAGGGAGUCAGCAGCAGAAGGAGGUGACCAGGCGGACCUCUUACAGUCAGAAGAGACAUCGGAGAUGGCCUAUGAGUCUGAUUUAGAGCUAGGUGACCAGGUGUACCACCAUGAGACAGGCCGGAGACAGAUGUAUGAUUAUGACUCUGAUUCAGAACUAGAAGAUGAUCACCAAGAGCUAGAUGAGCCAGAGCAAAGUGAACAGCAGAUGGAUGGCUUUAGUGACACAGCCAUUGAUGUAGCAGGGAGGAACCAGAACAGAUCGGAGAAAGGUGAAAUAGUGCGUCGCUUGCGCACAAGUGAAUUCAUGGGUGUAACGGGUCCACAGGAUGAAGAGAAAGACAAAGUAGACGAAGAAUGAGGCGAAGAUGCAGGUUUUUAGCAGCCCUGAUAUCAGAGGAAAAUGCUGGCAUUGUGCGUUUCUGCAAACCAUGAAUACAUCACAUUUUUAUGUUUCAUACAUAUCAAUUUAAUGUUUCCAAAGUGACAUAGUAUAUGAACUGACUUUGUGAUCGGGGGAUGGAGGGGAUGGUUUAUGGUGUGUCACCUAGGUGUGAUGCCUGCCAAGCUACAGACCACAACAGACCACUGUUUGAGACCAACAAACAACAAAACCUGUUGUUUUUUAGCUGUUAAUUGCUGUGUUUCCAGCAGCUUUUUAGCCACCAAACAUAGGUGUUUAUUAGUCACCCACUGUUGUUUCUCAAGCAGAGGUAGUGCCCCAAAAUCUGGUUAUUUAAGCCAAAACAUGAUCUUUUUCUAAUCAUAACCACCUGGUUCUUGUGCCUAUACCUAACCACACAUUCAACAAACGUUAGGUUUCAACAUGUAACAUACCUGUGGUUUGCAGAAACGUACAAUGCCCACAUUUUUUCAGGUGACUGGGUUGGUUUUAAAAGAAGGCUGGUGGUUUUUCUGACAGGAAAGUGGAAGGAAAGUACGUAGGUCUCUACAUGAAACUGAUUAUGGAGGAUGUGAUAUAGUAGCUUAGCACAAAAAAAAAGGAAAGAUGAACAUAUCGUGUUGUUUAACAGAGCACAAAGUAAAAGUGAAGUAACUGAAAUACAAAGCUGUGAAGCAUAUUGCAUGUACAGAACAUAUCACACACUGAUUAAUAGUCAUUGACAAGAGGUUAAUGUGCAUUUAUGAACGGACAAGUAUGAUUAGGGAGUGGCUUUGUGAAUAAAAUGCAAAAAUAUUUUUGUUUUUCUACAAACACAUUUGCAAUAUUGACUAAGAUAUGCAAUUUUGUUUUAACUUUGACUCUUAAAUGUGUAGUAAAAUUAAAAAAUGUGUUAUUUUUGUUUGUUUGGGGGACAUUGUGACACAGAUAGGACAAAGCUUGGCUUCCUCUCUUUAAGCGUCUUUGUUUUAAUGACUCAUGUUUAGUGUUUUUUUUUUUAAUCUAUAUGCUUUUGUUAGUUCAAUUUUUUGGUGAGAUUAUUGUAAGGCAGUGUAUUGGUCACCUGAAUGUGAUUUUGCAAGACAAAUACAAAAAUAAAAGCAUGAACCUGUGCAAUAAA